UGAGGACAGGGAAGGUGGGCGGGAAUGGAGGCAGGGUACAGGGAUAGGAACAGGGAGCAAGGACAGGGAGAGGAGAAAGGGGCAAGAAACAGGGACAGGGACAGGGGUCAGGGAUGGAGACAAGGGACAGGGCACAGGAAUGGGGACAGGCACAGGGACGGGGAUGGGGAUCCCCGCCCCGCAGCCCGGUCCUUCACAGGCCCUGGGGGCUGGCAGCAGGGAGACAAAGGCGGUGGGAGGCAGUGGUGUGUCCCACCCCCCCAUCCCCGCGUGUCCCCAUUGUCCGUGGCCGGGGUGGGGGAGAACCCGUGGGAGGGCCGGGGGACCCCACACUGCCGUGGUGCCGGGGGCACCCCGCGCUGCCGGCGGCUCGGGGGGCUCCGGGGGGGGGCCGGGCGCGGCCGGGCGGAACGGCCCCCUCCCCCCCCGGGCGCCUGCCUUCCUCCCCCUCCUCCUCCUCUUCCUCCUCCCCUCCUCCUCCACCUCCUUCUCCUCCUCCUCCUCCUCCUCGCCGCCCUGCUGCCUCCUGCCUGCCUCCCCGCCCCUCGCACUCGGCUCCCCGCGCCUCGCUGUCCGCACCGCCGGGGCCGGAGCGCAGCGCGGGGCCGGGCCGGGGCGCGGCGGGGGCCGGGGCCGGGGCCGGGGCCGGUGGCGGUGCCGGUACCGGAGCUGUCCAGUGCUGAGGGCGCCGGCCCGGCCCCGCCAUGCCCCGCUCCUUCUUGGUGAAGAAGCUGAAGGCGGAGGCGUUCCCGGCCGCCGGGGCCCCCGCGCCCCCCUACGCCCCCCUGGAGCCCCCCUACGCGCUGCCCGGCCCCGCCGCCGGCGAUGGGUACCUCCAGCACUGCCUGGCACCAGCUGGCUACGACACUGACAAGAAGCAAGGUCUGCCACCACCACCACCAGACCCAGCCUACGCACCCAGCCAUGAGGAGUACAGCGACCCCGAGAGCCCCCAGUCCAGCUUUUCUGCCCGCUACUUCAAUGGGGAGGCAGCAGUGACGGACAGCUACUCCAUGGAUGCCUUCUUCAUCACAGACGGGAGGUCACGCAGGCGCAGCGAGAGUCAGCGCCGUGGCAGCCACCGUCACUCCUGCCCUGAGUGUGGCAAGACCUACGCCACCUCCUCCAACCUCAGCCGGCACAAGCAGACCCACCGCAGCCUGGACAGCAAGAUGGCGAGGAAAUGCCCCACCUGCGGCAAGGCUUACGUCUCCAUGCCUGCCCUGGCCAUGCACGUCCUCACCCACAACCUCAAGCACAAGUGCGACGUGUGCGGCAAAGCCUUCAGCCGGCCCUGGCUGCUGCAGGGCCACAUGCGCUCACACACCGGGGAAAAGCCCUUCGGUUGCUCCCACUGCGGGAAAGCCUUCGCCGACCGCUCCAACUUGCGUGCCCACAUGCAGACCCACUCUGCCUUCAAGCACUACAAGUGCAAGCAAUGUGAGAAGACCUUCGCCCUCAAGUCGUACCUCAACAAGCACUACGAGUCCGCCUGCUUCAAGGGCUCCGAACACAGCUGUGCAAUAGGGAACUAGCCCCCCAGCCCCCUGUGGCGCAUCCCCAUCCUCAUCCCCAUCCCUGUCCCCAUCCCCUUUCCUAUCACCACCCCCAUCCCAGUCCUAGUCCCUGUGCCAGCGCUCCUGCAGCUGCAGCCAGUUGGUUUGUGGCUGCACCGUGGCCAGAGGGAACAUCCCCACAAACUCACUCCCCACCUGGGAGGAGGGUGCCCCAGUGCUCCCCAGGAAGGGCUGGAUCUGGCCGGGCCCACAGCGGGACCCAGCUCCUUGCCCAUGGGUCCCCAAGCCCCCACGCAGCCAGGCAGGUCUCUCUGCGGGGGACACGCCUGGGGACCUCUUCUAGACCCAGGAGAGACUUUCCUCCCCCAGUUCGUGACUUUCACCUCUAUUUAUUUAAUUUAUUACUAUUAUUUAUUUAGAGCUGCUGCUUCUCCUCCCGGGGGAUCCCAGGGGAGAAAAGACACUUUUCUGCUCCCCCCAGGAGCAAAACCUCACCCUGACCCUAACACUGAUGGGACCAUGGGCUGGUGCCACUGACGGCUCGGCGGGAUUGACGGACAGCACGGCUGACAGGAGGGCAGGGCUGUCAGUCACCUUGGAGGCUGGGGUCCCACUGCCUGGGCCCUGGGGCACCCUGAUACCCCCUGCCCUCACGGUCCCAUGGGACACAGCCCCGUGCUCACCCUGGCAUUGCAGCUCCACAGCCCACAGGAGUCGGGGGAAGAGCAAGGGGCUCCCAGCAGAGACCUGUGGGACACAUCCCCCACCAGCUCCCAGCUUGGCCAGGCAUGACUGGCCUCCGCCAUGGUGAUGGGCUGAGGAGCAGACCCCUGGGCAGUUGUAGUCCCCCGUGCUGUGCAAACGGCCAGGCUGGAAGCUGGGCUGGAGACCCAACCCUGGGGCAGCAGCCAAGCCCCCAGCUGCCCCUCCACGUACCUCCAACCUCCAGCCUCUGCCUGGCCCCCUGCCUGGCCAGCUCCCGGCCCCCUAACCAUCACCCCCUGCCUGCGCUCAGGAGGAGGGGGUCAGUGUAGCCGUAAAGUUUGGGUGAGUCUAUUUAAAUGUUCUUAUUUAUAUUAUUUAUAACUUAUGCUUUUUACUAUUUAUUUGCCAAGAUUGGCAGAGCCGUGCUAGCACUGGCUUGCAGGAAGUACCAGUGCUGCAGCAGAGGCGCUGUGCCCAGGACACAGCCGUGGUGACAUGGACAGGGACAGGACCCUGAGAGCAGACUGUGCAGCGGGCACAGAGGCAGGAGGGCACGAGCUGGCCCAGCAGCCCAGGCUCCGUGCCGUGCAAGCCUCCCCCAAAGGCAAAGCCCUUUUCCUUGGUCUUCCUCGCUGCCACAGGCUCCUGCUCUGCUCCCUGCCCUGCGCCAGCCCGGUGGGGACAAACCAGCCAUUCUAUGCAACCUCCUGGCGGAGCAUCCCCGCACCGGCCCCGGAGCAAGCACCGUGCACACGGCAUCCCGGAGCGGGGCCUGACCCAUGCCUCCGCUUCCUACCUCGGGCUGCGAGCUGCCACGGCCCCAUCACCCUGUGCCGGUCCCUGACACCGUUGGGGUUCAGCCCGUCACCCCAUGGGGCUGCACUCGCAUACCCCCACACUGUCUUCCUGCGCUGUCUUCCUCCCUACACCGUCUUCCUCCCGCCGCCUUGGUUUGCAUUGCCACGGCCGCGGCUCAUAGGCUCAAUGCCUACCGGGGACAUCCCUGUCACGGUCCUCGCUGCCGUGGUAUGGUGGCCACGCACCUGCCCCCCAUGCAGGGGAAGAGCAUCACGCCAGCCAUGCAGGCACCCACCAGCGAGUACGCAGCAGUUCAGGCUUUCCCCGCGAUGCCGGUGCCUUUCUGCGGCAGCACCGCGUCCCUUGGCCAGGUGGGCAUGGAGCACCGCGCCUCUGCCCCUGUCUAUACUGUAAAUAGCAGAUACUACAGCAAUAAUUUUCCGUGCAUGAUAGAUUUUUUUCUGCCAGGUUUUGUACUCGCCAGCCCCCAGUAAGACAAGUCUACUGAGAACCGGCCGCCCGCAGUAUUACUUGUAACGCAAUUCAGGGAUAUAAAAGGGAUUUCUGC